GAAAGGCAUACAUAGUAAUAAUGGCACUAAACGUAAUUCCCCGAAACACGAGGCCCCUUUCCGUAACUUCACCGACUACAAAUACACGUCCCCGCUUUCUCUUUUCUCUGCCCAAACCUCACCGACUUUCUGCUCCAAAAUCACUACAGAAUCACUGUCCACAGGAUCACAAUAAACUACCAAAAUGGUGAAGAUCUGCUGCAUUGGAGCUGGGUAUGUCGGAGGCCCUACAAUGGCCGUCAUAGCACUCAAAUGUCCCGAUAUCGAAGUGGCAGUUGUCGAUAUUUCCGUACCUCGUAUCAACGCCUGGAAUAGUGACCAACUCCCUAUCUACGAGCCGGGCCUCGAAGAUGUCGUAAAGCAGUGCAGAGGCAAAAACCUUUUCUUCAGCACAGAUGUCGAGAAACACGUAUGCGAGGCCGAUAUAGUCUUCGUUUCAGUCAAUACCCCAACCAAGACUCGUGGUCUUGGUGCUGGAAAAGCUGCAGAUCUCACGUACUGGGAAAGCGCUGCUCGUAUGAUUGCUGAUGUGUCAAAGUCGGAUAAAAUCGUAGUCGAGAAAUCAACCGUUCCGGUUAAAACAGCAGAAGCGAUCGAAAAGAUACUGACGCAUAACAGCAAAGGAAUCAACUUCCAGAUUCUUUCCAACCCGGAGUUUCUCGCUGAGGGAACGGCUAUUGAAGAUCUUUUCAAACCCGAUAGGGUCCUCAUCGGUGGUCGGGAAACCCCCGAAGGCCAGAAAGCAAUCAAAACGUUAAAAGACGUUUACGCUCAUUGGGUCCCCGAAGAAAACAUCAUCACAACAAAUCUAUGGUCGGCAGAGCUUUCUAAACUUGCUGCCAACGCGUUCUUGGCACAAAGAAUCUCUUCUGUGAACGCCAUGUCAGCUCUCUGCGAGGCAACCGGUGCAAACGUUACCGAGGUUUCAUAUGCAGUUGGUAAAGAUACUCGAAUCGGUUCGAAGUUCUUGAACCCGAGUGUCGGAUUCGGCGGGUCUUGCUUCCAGAAGGAUAUAUUGAACUUGGUUUACAUUUGCGAGUGUAAUGGCCUCCCGGAAGUGGCAGAAUAUUGGCGACAAGUCAUCAAGAUCAAUGACUACCAAAAAUCCCGCUUCGUAAACCGCAUUGUCGCUUCUAUGUUCAACACGGUUUCAAACAAAAAGAUUGCGGUUCUCGGAUUCGCAUUCAAGAAAGAUACCGGCGAUACUCGAGAAACCCCUGCGAUUGACGUUUGCAAGGGUUUGUUAGGUGACAAGGCCCGUUUAAGCAUCUACGAUCCGCAAGUUACCGAGGAUCAGAUCCAACGAGAUCUUUCAAUGAACAAGUUCGAUUGGGACCAUCCUCUUCACUUGCAGCCGAUGAGCCCGAGUACCGUGAAACAAGUGAGCGUUGUGUGGGACGCGUAUGCAGCCACCAAGGAUGCGCAUGGUGUUUGUAUUUUGACCGAGUGGAAUGAGUUUAAAACACUAGAUUUUCAGAAGAUAUAUGACAACAUGCAGAAGCCAGCAUUUAUCUUCGAUGGAAGGAACGUCGUUGAUGCUGAAAAGUUGAGGGAGAUCGGGUUCAUUGUUUACUCGAUCGGUAAGCCGUUGGAUGCCUGGCUCAAGGACAUGCCUGCUGUGGCUUAAAAGCGUUUCGUUGGUGACUAUAUUUCUUAAUUUUGUUAAUCUGUGACUUUACUAUGUCUCAUCAUUACUUGUUUGUUUCAAACAAAUACAGUAGGAACAUUUAAAAAAUAAAUAGUUGCAUCAUUGUAAUAUGAGUUCUUAUGAGAUAUGAUAUAUAUAUUUUUUCUUACUAUA